AUGUAUAAAUAAUUUUUUAGUAAAAUAGAGUUAAUUGAAAAUCAAAUAGUCAUCUCUUAAUUAUAUAUACAUAUUUGUUUUCAACAUAUUCCGAAUAAGAUUCACAAUGUAAAUGUUGGAAAUUAAUUUAUUUUUACAAUUUUAUUUUAAUAAUUUUUAUUAUAAUUUGCAAUAUGGAUUCUCAAUAUAGCUUCAAAAAAGUAGCAAAAAAAGAUUGGAAAAUACAAGAUAUUGGAAAUAAUUGGUUAAGGAAGUGAAGGAAAGGUGUAUAAGGUUGAAUGCGAAAAAUAACUUUUUGCUUUGAAAUAGAUAAAACCAAUGUUCAAAGUGAAUUUGGAAGUUUACACUAACAUAGGGGAGAAUGAGAAUUUAGUUUAAUUUAUCGAAGUUUUUAGUCACUAAGAAAAUUCAUAUGAGGUUUAUGAAUAUUGUGAAGGCGGUAAUUUGACAGAGCAUAUGCAAAAAUAAAAAAUUCGACAAAAAUUCUAUAAUAAAAUUUAUUUAACAAUUUUGCAAUGGCUACAAGGAGUUCCAGACAAUAUUGUGUUUAAAAUGAAUUAAGCCAAAAUCGCUGAUUUCGGAUUUGCAAGAUUUGUUCCGAAUCCUGAGAUUAAAUGGGAACUAUCAGUCAAAUGCUCACCAUUUUAUGCUUCUCCUUAACUGUUUGAAGCGUAUUUCUCUUCCAAAUGCGAUGUAUGGUCUUUCGGCUUGAUCCUCUAUAAAAUGGUGUAUGGAUUCUCACCACAUCAAUCAAAUACCCAAAUUAGCGAUGUAAAACGUUUCCACUAGGAUAUCAAAUACAAUAGAGUGCCAUUUCCUGAAAAUGACAUGCCAUCUGUUGUAACUUUGAUAAAAUAGAUGCUUAGAUAUUCCGAGGAUGAUAGGAUAAGUUGGGUACAAAUAUUUCAGCAUCCUUUGGUUGGGUAGAGCAAUGAUAAUGAGAUGUUAGUAUAUUCUCCCAGAAUCUUAGAAGAAUUCAAUAUGAGGAUAUAUUUUGAGGACAAAAUCUAUUAAUUAUAAAUAUUUAAUUCCUUGAUUAGUAAUUAAGAGAGUGAUAUUGAAUAAAUAUUAAUAAUUUUAAAUUUAUGGUUAAGUUAUAUUCUCUAAUUAAAAGGUGAAAUUAAUGGGUAAAUUGUAAUUAAGAAUUUAUAGUAGAAAUAGUAAAUGUUUAUAAAUGGAAGUCAAGCCAAACGCGUAAGAAGUGUGGUCAAAGAGUAUCAAAUGAUGGUUGAAGAUUAAAUUAAAUUUAUCAAUUACUUAGAUCAAAAAAGGCACAGCACAUUCUCAAAAAACAAUCAAAAUUUUCAGAAAAUGAAUUGUCUUGAACAGAAGGAGUAAAUAGAAUCAUUAAAUUGUUCCCAAGAGACAAAACAAUAAUUGAAAUAGAUUUUCAAAAUUUGA